ACAGCCCCAACGGUUAUAAAUUUGAAGGGUCCGCGUUGCUUAUGGUUUUAAAAGAAAAUCAAGAACGACGAGAGAGAGAGAGAGAGAGAGAAGCAAAGAAAAGGAGAAAUGGAGAAAGUGUGUUCGGGGUCGGCAAUGGAGGCGUUUGAGAAAUUGGAGAAGGUAGGAGAAGGAACAUACGGGAAGGUGUACAGAGCGAGAGAGAAGGCAACGGGGAAGAUCGUGGCCUUGAAAAAGACUCGCCUCCACGAGGAUGAGGAAGGCGUCCCUCCCACCACUCUCCGUGAGGUCUCCAUCUUGCGCAUGCUCUCUAGGGAUCCCCACGUUGUGAGGUUGAUGGAUGUGAAACAAGGGCAGAAUAAGGAAGGGAAGACGGUGCUGUACUUGGUAUUUGAGUACAUGGACACCGAUCUCAAGAAAUUCAUUCGCAGCUUCCGUCAAUCUGGAGAGUGUAUACCUUCCAAAAUUGUUAAAAGUCUGAUGUACCAACUUUGCAAGGGCGUUGCUUUUUGCCAUGGUCAUGGAAUCUUGCACAGGGAUCUUAAGCCUCACAAUCUUCUAAUGGACCGAAAGACAAUGCAACUUAAAAUUGCUGAUCUUGGACUAGCUCGAGCAUUUACUGUUCCAAUUAAGAAGUAUACUCAUGAGAUAUUGACGCUGUGGUAUAGAGCUCCUGAAGUUCUUCUUGGGUCUACUCAUUAUUCAACCGCAGUAGAUAUGUGGUCUGUUGCCUGCAUAUUUGCUGAGCUUGUCACAAAGCAAGCACUCUUCCCUGGAGAUUCUGAGCUGCAACAGCUCCUGCAUAUAUUCAGGUUGUUAGGGACUCCAAAUGAAGACAUAUGGCCAGGUGUAAGCAAACUAAUGAACUGGCAUGAGUAUCCCCAGUGGAACCCUCAAAGCUUGUCUAAAGCCGUUCCUGGUUUGGAUGACGAUGGGUUGGAUCUGUUGGCUCAAAUGUUGCAGUAUGAGCCCUCCAAGCGUAUUUCAGCAAAGAAAGCUAUGGAGCACCCUUACUUUGACGACCUGAACAAGGCUGGUCUCUGAACUGAGCAAACACAGCAAAGCUAAUGCGGAUCGAGAUUGUUCCUUUUGAUGAACAAGCUAACAGAAGUUUUAGUGAAUGUUAUUUGCUUCCCUCAAGCAUAUAUGUUAGUUGUGUUGAAUUUGUCAAUGUUUCGUUUGUUCAAGUAAAAAAACUGUUUCUGAUUAUUCCACAUUCCUUAAAUCUGGCAGUUGUGUUAAAUAUAUGUUAUGAUAGCAGUUGUGUUAAAUAUGUUAUGAUUAGUUGAUAA